AUGUCAAAGACGAUCCAAGAAAUGUUAGCUACAAAGCUCGGCUGCCUGGGUGGGGAUCGUGGGGAUGAUCAAACUGUGGAGUAUAUUGGCACAGUAGAAGCAUACGAUAAAUGGGCAGAGGUCUACGAUACAGACGGCAACUUUCUACAACAACUCGACACCAUUGAGAUGCGCGCACUUCUCCCCCGGUUCCUGGAACGCGUCAACAUAGAGUUCCAAACACAGCGGAUCAUAACAGAUCAACAACUGAAGGUAGUAGAUCUGGGUUGUGGAACAGGCAGAAAUACCAUUCAGCUAUUGCGCGCUCUAUCCAUGCGGCGGGAUCCAGCCUUUGCAUCGCAGGUUGAAGUUGUGGGCGUUGAUGCUUCGCCGGGCAUGUUAGAUGUUGCGAGAACGGCCAUUCAAUCAGCCGCCAUUGAGAAUGACGAUGUGAAUGUUUCGCUUGAUGUUUUUGAUCUCUUGAGCUCGGGUUCAGAUCAGGCGGCGCCGCCCUCUUUACAAGGAUCUGGCGCAUUGGGAGUGAUUUCUACACUUGUGUUGGAACAUAUCCCGCUGAAGGAAUUCUUUGGGAAGGCGUCGGGGAUUAUGAGAUCUGGCGCGUAUUUCCUCGUGACAAAUAUGCAUGCGGAUAUGGGAGCGAUCAGUCAGGCUGGGUUUACGGAUCCGCAGACUGGGGUUAAGAUUCGGCCGACGAGCUAUUGUCACUCUAUCAUUGAGGUGCUAGCGGCAGCAAAAACAGCGGGAUUCCAAGUGAUAAGCUUGGUUGAGGAAAGCGAAGAAAGCGGGGUUUUGGAGAGAGCGGUAGAUGAGCAGCUGGCAGAGGUGUUGGGUGCGCGGGCGAAGAAGUGGGUUGGGAUCAAUGUAUGGUUCGGAGUAUGCUUUAAGAAGUUGUAG